AAUUCGAGUCGACGGCUACUUCUCCACCCACCCCACCAAUUCGCAGUUGCUUUGCUUUAUUUAAUUAUCUGCGAAAAUCGAGCAUCAUUGGUUCAUCGGCCUCACCCAUCGUCGGCUUUCCACUGCACAGUGGUGUUGGAGGCGAGUUUGCGAGAUUGGGGGAAGCAGGGUGUGUGAAUCGAGUGACAGCUGAGCUGAUUUCGGAGGAGCUGUUUCGAAAGUUGCGACCUUUGUCAUUUUUUUUUUUUUAAUUUUUAUGGUGGAGAGUUUUGAGGGUUUUUGUGCACUGCGUGUAAUGUGGGGAGGCUUGAGCGCAUUUUCCGGGAGCGGCGCGAUCUUGGGGGCGCCGGUGAUUUGAUGGGAACGGCUCUGCGUUUGCUAGACGGCGUCGUUUCAUGGAGUUGAGGAUUCGGUGCAAUCGAUGCGUCGAGGCUUGUUCGAUCCACCGAUUUUUACUGAAUCCUGCACUGGUUUGUGUCAAGGUUUUAUUGGUGUUAUUGCUCUUGGAAGCUGCUUAUGCAACAUCAAAAGAAUUUGGGUUGCAGAAAGAAGUGCUCGAACAGGACAAGGAAAGUGUAAUAUCUCAUUCAUGCAUACACGAUCAGAUUAUCGAACUAAGGAAGAGACCUGGCCACAAAGUGUAUUCUGUGUCGGCUCAGAUUUAUGCUGGACCUCAUGUUCCCUCAUUUUUCGAAAGAAGGGGAAGGACAUUGCUCGGUGUUUCUAAAUAUUCAAAGCGGCAAACUGCUGCUAGGCAACCCAUUAGAAUUUACUUGAAUUAUGAUGCUGUUGGUCAUUCAUCUGAUAGAGACUGCCGAAAUGUGGGGGACAUUGUAAAGCUCGGGGAACCCACAGGAGCUUCAUAUUCCGGUACACCUUCCUGUAAUCCUCAAGCAGAUCCUCCAAUUUAUGCUGAUUGUUGGUAUAAUUGCACACUUGAUGAUAUAGCUGGGGAAGACAAAAAGCAUCGCCUUCGGAAGGCGCUUGGGCAAACGGCAGACUGGUUUAGUAGAGCUCUAUCAGUUGAGCCUGUGAGAGGUAAUUUACGGUUGAGUGGAUAUUCUGCAUGCGGUCAAGAUGGAGGUGUUCAACUUCCUAGGCAAUACGUGGAAGAAGGCAUUGCCAAUGCAGACUUGGUUCUUCUGGUUACUACAAGACCGACAACUGGGAACACUCUAGCUUGGGCUGUGGCAUGUGAACGUGAUCAAUGGGGCCGUGCUAUUGCUGGACAUGUUAAUGUUGCACCUCGCCACUUGACUGCAGAGGCAGAAAGUUUACUUUCUGCUACUCUAAUCCAUGAGGUAAUGCAUGUUCUUGGAUUUGAUCCCCAUGCCUUUUCACAUUUCCGGGAUGAGAGCAAAAGAAGGCGCACUCGGGUAACUGACCAAGUUAUGGAUGAAAAACUUGGGCGGAUGGUAACAAGAGUUGUGCUUCCUCGAGUUGUAAUGCAUUCACGUUACCACUACGGGGCCUUCUCUGAAAAUUUUACUGGUUUGGAGCUUGAAGAGGGUGGUGGCCGUGGAACGUCAGGAUCUCACUGGGAGAAAAGACUUAUGAUGAAUGAGAUAAUGACGGGGUCGGUUGAUACCAGAUCAGUAGUUUCUAAAAUGACACUUGCUUUACUUGAGGACAGUGGAUGGUAUCAGGCUAAUUACAGCAUGGCUGAACGUCUCGACUGGGGACGCAACCAGGGAACUGAAUUUGUUACAUUACCUUGCAACCAUUGGAAGGGUGCAUAUCAUUGCAACUCUACACAACAAUCUGGAUGCACGUAUAACAGGGAGGCGGAAGGUUACUGCCCUAUUGUAAAUUACAGUGCAGAUCUUCCACAAUGGGCUCGCUAUUUCCCUCAAGCUAAUAAAGGUGGUCAAUCGUCGCUGGCUGAUUAUUGCACUUAUUUUGUUCCAUACUCUGAUGGUUCGUGUACAGAUACUAAUAGUGCUAGGUCACCUGACCGGAUGCUGGGUGAAGUCCGGGGAAGUAACUCAAGGUGCAUGGCCUCGUCUCUAGUCCGUAAUGGAUUUGUGAGGGGUUCGACCACCCAAGGAAAUGGUUGUUAUCAGCACAGAUGCAUAGACAACAAACUGGAGGUUGCCGUUGAUGGAAUUUGGAAAGCAUGUUCAGUGAAUGGUGGAGCUGUUCAAUUUCCCGGCUUUAAUGGUGAAUUGAUAUGCCCUGCUUACCAUGAGCUCUGCAAUGUUGAGCCUGUGCCGGCAUCUGGUCAAUGUCCUAAUUCAUGUAAUUUUAAUGGCGAUUGCGUCGAUGGAAGGUGCCACUGCUUUUUGGGAUUCGAAGGCCACGACUGUAGCCGAAGUUCUUGCCCUAAUAAUUGCGGCGGCCAUGGAAAAUGCCUUAAAACCGGCAUUUGUAACUGUGAACAAGGGUACACCGGAGCCGACUGCUCUACAGCCAUUUGCGAUGAGCAAUGUAGUCUUCAUGGAGGGGUCUGCGACAACGGUGUUUGUGAAUUUCGUUGCUCUGACUACGCCGGCUACACAUGCCAAAACAAUUCGAUGCUUCUCCCAAGCCUCUCAGUCUGCAAAGACGUUCUGGAGAAAGACAUGUUGGGUCAGCACUGCGCGCCGAGUGAAUUAAGUGUCCUGCAACAGCUGGAAGAAGUCGUCGUAAUGCCCAACUACCACAGAUUAUUUCCCGGAGGUCCUCGGAAAAUUCUAAAUUACAUUAGAGGCCGCGACUGCGACGGAGCUGCAAAGCGAUUGGCCUGCUGGAUAUCCAUCCAACAAUGCGACGACAAUGACAACAGGCUACGAGUGUGCCACUCGGCGUGCCAAUGGUACAACUUAGCGUGCGGGGCUUCACUCGACUGCUCCGACCAAACGCUUUUCAGCAACGAGCAUGAAGAUGAAGGGCUAUGCACAGGGUGGGGUGAGCUGAAUUCUUGGCUCUAAGACAAAAGGGAUCGAUGUCGAUCAACUAUGUAUAUUAUAGGAAACAUUUUAGUUUAUUUUUCUUGUUAUUAAUCUGGUAAUUGUGUAGGUUUUGUAGGGGAGAAAAAUGGUAGAAUUUCUUAUUUUUUCCCAUCCCAGCCAGUAAAAGUGUUUGGAGAAAAAUGGGUGGGAAUGAAUUAUUGAGUUGAGUUGAGAGUUUGGCUUUCAAAGAAAGUCCAAACCAGACUUAGGAAUUAAUCUGUAGCAGAAGAAGAAGAAGAAGAAGAAGAAGAAAGAAAAACAUGUUGGAGGAAGCAAGACAUGUGGUUUUUUUCUUUUUUUGAAGUUUUUGGCCUAAGGCCUUCCUGGUAAAUGUAUUUAUUUUCUCUUUGCCA